UCCUCCCUUUUUUUUUUUUUUUUUUAACUCUCUUAUUGCCCACGAUAUCGGAGGGGCUGGGCUUGCGGCCACCGCUCCCUGUGGCCCUCGCACCCCAGGGAGGGAACACCCCCAGCCCCCUACCCCUCUGUGCUGUGUUUUGGGGGGAGAAGAAGGGUUUUUGUUUUUUUUUCAAGGCAGGGUGGGGGGGGGGGGGGGCAGAAAGGGGGGCACCUCCAGGCUUUGUCGCCAGCACCUCCCAAGCCGGAGACCACAGCAGGAUGGAAAAACCACCCGGGAAAAUAAAUGAAGCAGGAUGAGCUGCCAGGGAAAAAAAAAAUAUAAAUGUAGGAGGGAUCCGCGGUGUGCGCCUGAAAUCGCCCUUUUAUUCCUGACAUCAGGGGGGGGAGGCUCGCGACACCGGCCAUGGAGCCCUACGUGCUGCUGGACCCGCGACAGCGAGCGCUGUAUCGCGACGUGAUGCAGGAGAGCUACGAGACGCUGAUGGCGCUGGAAUUCCCUGUUUCCAAGCCCGACCUGCUGUCCCGCCUGGCCCACGAGGACGAACCAACAGCCCUGGAUCUCCACGUACCCAAGGACGCCCCGUCUGGAGAGGACGGAGCACGAGCGGAGCAGGAACCCACCCGAGAAGGAACUGCUGAAAAAGAGCCUGAAGCUGCAAAACCCACGGGUGAGGAUCAUCCCUCGAGCCUGGCCCAGGCGAAGGCGGGCAGGAGCGGGGAAGCGCCGCCGCCGCGGGCCCCCCAGCCCAGCAACACGUGCGGCGAGUGCGGCAAGAGCUUCAGCCACAAGUCGGCCCUGGUGAAACACCAGAAAAUCCACAGCGGCGACCGCCCGCACGAGUGCCCCGACUGCGGCAAGGGCUUCAUCCAGCGCUCCGACCUCACCAUCCACCAGCGGGUCCACACGGGCGAGAGGCCCUACGCCUGCCCCGACUGCGGCCGCCGCUUCAGCGUCAGCUCCUCGCUGCUCACCCACCAGCGCACCCACGCUCCCGGCGGGGAAAAACCCAACCGGUGCCCCCAGUGCGGCCGCAGCUUCGCCGACCCGGGGGCUCUCGACCGGCACCAGAAGAGCCACCUGGGUGGGAAGCCCUACGAGUGCGGGGUGUGCGGGAAAGCCUUCGCCUGGAGCUCCCACCUCGAGCGCCACCGGCGCAUCCACACCGGCGAGAAGCCCUUCCAGUGCGCCGAGUGCGGGCGAGCCUUCGCUUGGAGCUCCCACCUCGACCGCCACAUGCGCACCCACGCCGCCGCCGCCGCCUCCGAGGAGGAGGACGGCGAGGAGGAGGAAGAGCCCCCGCCGCCGCCCCCCCAGAAAUGCGCCGACUGCGGCAAGCGCCUCAACCACCAGACGGACCCGCAGCGCUUCAAGCACAAGGGCACCCAGACGCCGCCGGCCGGGGCCGAGCCCGCCGGCAGCCCCCCGCGGCCCUACCGCUGCGAGCAGUGCGGCAAAAGCUUCGGCCACAGCUCCAACCUCCUCAAGCACCAGCGGGUCCACAGCGGCGAGCGACCCUACCCCUGCCCGGAUUGCAAACGCUGCUUCCGAUGGGGCUCGGCCCUGGCCAAGCACCGGCGCACGCACGCCCGGCAGCAGCAGCAGAGCGGCCAGGCUGCCAAAGGGUGCGCCGAGGAAAGCGGCGCCGGAGGAAAACCCUACCCGUGCGGGGCUUGCGGCAAGAGUUUCGGCUGGGUCUCGCACCUGGAGCGCCAUCGGCGCGUCCACACCGGGGAGAAACCUUUCCGCUGCGGGGAAUGCGGGCGAGCCUUCGCCGUCAGCUCCCACCUGGAGCGGCACCGGCGGGUGCACACGGGCGAGCGGCCGUACCGCUGCGGCGACUGCGGCAAGAGCUUCGCCGUCAGCUCCACUUUGCUGGCCCACCGCCGCACCCACGCCGCCCAACCGGGCCGGCCCCACGCUUGCCCCGAGUGUGGCAAAGGGUUCAGCACCCCGGCCGGCUUGGAGCGGCACCGGCGGCUCCACCGCGGCGAGAAGCCCUACCAGUGCGGCGUCUGCGGCAAGGGUUUCGCCUGGAGCUCCCACUACGACCGGCACCGGCUCACCCACACCGGCGAGAAGCCCUUCUCCUGCGCCCACUGCGGCAAGCGCUUCGGCCGCAGCUCGCACCGCAACCGGCACCAGCGGGCCCACGGCGGCCCCGAGAAGCGCCACGUCUGCCCCGAGUGCGGCAAAGCCUUCGGCCUCGCCACCGCCCUGGCUGCUCACCAGCGACUGCACGCCACCGGCAGCGGGGGCCGCAGCGGCCUCUCCUUGCUGCCGGCCUCGUGGUGGGAAGGGGAGAGGCCGGAGGGCACGAUGACACCCCCAGAGCUCUGGCCAGAGGAGACCGGCUCCGUUUUCCAGCAGAACCCAGUGCCUUCCUCCUCCUCAGCCCCCAGGGGCUGGGCUGCCAAAGCUCUCCUGCCCCCCAGCGUGGCGUGGAGGUCUGGGGAGGGGGACGCCCUGCAGAGCGAUGCCGCAGCCCCCCAAGAGCCUUGGGCGUCCCUGCCUCCCCCCAGCUCCUGAGAUGGGGUCCGAAUUUGGGGUUUGGGGGGGGGGACAGAGCCACCCCCUGCUUUUGGGGAUGCCCCAGUGCGGGGGUAGGGGGCUCACCUGUGUCCCCCA